AUGGAUACUGGUAGAGGUGGACAUAUUUCUUACAAGUUUCCUGAGGACAACCUGGAUUCCCUUCUCGAGCUGGUUGAAAAAUCCCCUCCUGACAAUCUAGAUAUUUUCAAAAGGGACUAUGGGAAUAUUGUAGACUACCUCAAAGCUCCCCUCAGCAAGUAUCAACACAAUGCACUUCACACUUUGCUACAGUUCUAUGAUCCUCCUUUGUGGUGCUUUACCUUCCCAGAUUAUCAGUUGGCGCCAACUUUGGAAGAGUAUUCAUGUAUUCUGGGAAUUCCCAUCAAACUUAAAGUUCCUUUCCACGUGUCUAUGGAGGUCCCUGGUUCUGAACAUAUUGUCGCUGCCCUUUAUUUGGGUAAAUCUGUGGUGGAUGCUAAUCUCAAGACAAAGGGAGGACUCCUUGGGUUUCAUCUAAGCUUCCUUUUGACCACUCUGGAUGAUUUGGCUAAAGAAGAAUAUUGGAAGGUUUUCAAUACUGUUUUGGCUUGCAGUAUCUAUGGCAUUGUUUUGUUUCAUAACGUGGUUGAUUUUGUCGAUAUAAACGCCAUUCGUAUCUUCAUGAUGGGGAACCCUGAACCAACACUUUUGGGAGAUGUUUACCAUUCCAUUCAUUCCAGAAAUCACAAGAAAAUAGGUGGUUUAUUAUGGUGUUGUGAUCCUCUUUUGUAUCAUUGGUUCCGAAGUCACAUCCCUUGUAAAGGAGCAUUCACAGAUAACAAGGAAACCUCGAAAUGGUCCAAGAGAUUGAUGGGACUUACUUCUAAUGACCUAGUGUGGUAUAGCUUGAGGUUGGAUAGGAUGGAUAAAUAUGAGGUGAUUGUGAGUUGUGGAGAAUUUCCUAAUGUACCACUCAUGGGCAUUAGGGGAGGUAUAAACUACAAUCUUGUGUUGUCUCAAAGACAAUUGGUCUAUGCUUUGAGAGGACCUCCAGGGGAUAAAAGUAUACAAGAAUAUUUGUUCUACAAUGUGAUUGAUGAUGUUGAGAUGAUGAAGAAGGCUGCUAAAGCUUGGAGCCACAUUUCAUGUAGAGGAAAAGAAUUCUUUGGCAAGAAAGAUUGUGUUGCUUAUCCUCCUUAUGUAGACUAG